AGUUUAACACAAGAGAAGAAGAUGGAUCAAAACAUGCACACGGAAACUCAUCAUUAGUGUGUUAGUUAAGUCAAACAAAUUGCUUUCUGGAAUAUUUUGCUUUAUGUGCGUUUAGCGUUCAAUGUAAAGGUAACGUUCAAUGAUUUGGCUGUUUAUUAUUUUGUAACAUAAACCUGAAAAAAAUGAAUCUGAACAAAAUCAGUGUCUUGACCAGACAUGUGUUUUUAUGCAAACAUGUUCUGAGCAGGUCAUACGUGAGAUUUGCUAAAUGUGAAGUAGUCAGAUUUCCUCAGUGUGCCUCAAAAUUAAUUGUAAACACAUUACCAUCCCAAAGUUUAAAGCCUGGGCUUGUGGUUCCAGUUCUGCCUGCAAGGACUUUGUCUUUGACAGCUCGCAUGUUCAAAUAUGACAACACAGAUGACAAUAAUGUAGAGGAAGAUGAAAUUGAUGACGCAGAAAUAGAGAAGCUGUUUCAGGAGCAAAUCCCCUCUGGUAUUGGUAAAGAAGACCACAGGGUCUUCAUUGUUCACCCAGAUGUAAAAUGGGGGAGCAGAAAGCAAUAUCUGACCACAGCGGCACUUCAGAUGGAAGAGGCUGUUGGCCUGGUGAAAACUUUACACAAGUGGAGUGUUGUUGAUAAGCUCAUCCUCUCCACCAAGACGCCGGAGAAGAAAAGAAUUUUCGGGAAAGGAAACUUUCAGAUGCUUACAGAGAAGAUUAGAGCUACUCCUGGGGUCACAGCUGUCUUUGUGAACGUGGAACGUCUUUCACCUUCAUCAGAAAAAGACUUAGAGGAAGCCUGGGGAGUUAAGGUGCUUGACAGAUACUCACUUGUCCUGCACAUUUUCCGCUGUAACGCUAAAACAAAAGAAGCCAAACUGCAGAUCUCUUUAGCAGAGAUUCCCUUGUUCAGAUCACGCCUGAGAAAUGAGGUUGCAAAUUUAGACCAGCAAGGUGGUGGCCCAAGGUACAUUAUGGGUUCUGGUGAAACCCUGUAUGAAAUGCAGCAGCGAUUGUUAAAGGAGCGAGAGCUGAAGAUCCGAUCAGCCCUGGAGCGCCUGAGGAGGAAGAGGAAUCUGCUGCGCUCGCAGCGCAAACACAAAGACUUUCCCAUCAUCUCUGUCAUGGGCUACACCAACUGUGGUAAAACCACUUUGAUUAAAGCUCUGACUGGAGAUGAUGGGCUUCAGCCUAAAGACCAGCUCUUUGCCACACUGGAUGUUACAGUACAUGCAGGACAGCUGCCGUGUCACAUGACUGUACUGUAUGUAGAUACCAUUGGCUUUUUGUCGCAGCUCCCUCAUCAGCUGAUAGACUCCUUCUCUGCCACGCUGGAGGAUGUGAUACAUUCUGACCUCAUAAUUCACGUAAGAGACAUCAGUCAUCCAGAAACUGUCAGCCAAAAGGUCAAUGUACUGAAUGUGCUGAACAAUCUUCAGAUCCCAGAAAGACUCCUGACCUCUAUAAUAGAGGUGCACAAUAAGAUUGACCUCAUUGAGGGAUAUGAGUCCAGUGAUCCUGAGGUUAUCCCUAUAUCAGCUCUUAAACAAUGUGGUCUGGAGGCAUUAAAAGAAAAGAUUGAGGAAGCUGUGCUUAAGUGUACUGGAAAACAAAUGAUGACCCUCAAGGUGCAGCUCAACACCUCUCAAUUAUCUUGGCUGUAUAAGGAGGCGACGGUUCAAGCGGUAGAUAACGUAGGAGACGACUGCACCGCCAAUGUCAAGGUCAUCAUCAGCCAGGCUGCAUAUGGCCGCUACAGGAAGCUCUUUCAGGUCACCUCAUAACAGACUGCUCCCAUUGCACAGCCAGAUCGUCCAAAAUAAUGCAUGCACUCAGUCACAUAAUGAUGUGUAAAUAUUUAUUUGCUUUAUAAGUAGUAUUUAAAAAUGUAAAAGCCUAUAUUUUGAUACAAUAAAAUUGCACAUUGAGAAACAAA